AUGGGGGUUUUGGCGACUAGAACUCCGCAUCGACCUAAUCCAAUUGGACUCAGUGUAGCAAAGGUGGAGGCAGUGGAUGGACAUGCAAUUUUGCUUUCUGGAGUAGAUUUGGUUGAUGGCACGCCUGUACUUGAUAUUAAACCAUAUCUGCCAUAUUCUGAUAGCGUUGAAGGCGCGACUAUUCCUAAUUGGUUAGAGGUUGAUGGUGCAUUAGCUGUGGAGUCUAUCCACUUUUCUGAGCACUUCAUUUCUUCACUUUCCAAUUGCUGGGCGCAUGUACAAAAGCAGGCACUCUAUGCCUCAGCAGACGAGUUUCAGGACCUGAUCAAGGAGGUGCUCUCCUGGGACAUCAGAUCAUUGUCUCAGCGACUCCGCCCUCACCAGGUGACCAUUGAAAGCAAGGCGGAUGAUUGUGGUAGCAAAGCUGAUAAGGAUUGCAGAAACAAAGAAGAUUACCAAGCCGCUGACUCCUGCUCGAUCGUAGUCUAUCACCUUCAUCUGGAAGGCAUUGAUGUGUCAUACAAAAUCGAUGAAAAUUCCAACAUCAUUGUUGACAAUGCAGCCCUUCUCCCCAGUGCUGCAAACCAAAACAGGUGUAGCUACUUAACAUGGAGGGAUAAACUUAAUACUUUGUAGGAGAGUAGUAUUAGAUAAAACUUUUGGUAAGUCGCAGGAGCACAAGCUGCACAACGCUGUACAAUAUCAUGAGGCUGAUGAAUUCAGUAGCAACCAGUACUCUAUAAUGCAC